AUGGAGCUCUUCUUCAUGAUGCUAUUCUACAUUCUCCCUCUCCUCUGUCUCUUCUUCAUCCUCCAGAAACUGGUAAACCAGAGGAGAGACCAGAGCUGCUACAUCCUAGACUAUGAAUGUUAUAAGCCGGCCGACGACCGGAAACUCGGCACCCAAUUAUCCGGCGACAUCAUAAAGCGCAACACCAACCUCGGCCUACAAGAAUACAAGUUCCUCCUCAAAGCCAUCGUCAGCUCCGGCAUCGGCGAGCAAACCUACGCCCCCAGAAACUUCUUCUCCGCCCGCGAACAAAACCCUUCCCUCCACGACGCCAUCUCCGAAAUGAACGAAUUUUUCACCGACACUGUCGCCGCCCUCCUCGCCCGCACCUCCCUCCCCCCCUCCGAAAUCGACGUCCUCGUCGUCAACGUCUCCAUGAUCGCCGCAGUCCCCUCCCUGGCUGCCAGGAUCAUCAACUGCUACAAAAUGAGGCCGGACGUCAAGUGCUUCAACCUCUCCGGCAUGGGGUGCAGCGCCAGCCUCAUCUCCAUCGACCUCGUACGAAACAUCUUCAAGUCUAGAAAAAACUCAACCGCCCUUGUCUUAACCUCGGAGUCGUUGAGCACCAGCUGGUACACCGGCAACGACCGCUCCAUGAUCCUCGCCAACUGCCUGUUCCGGUCCGGCGGCUGCGCUAUACUCCUUACCAACAAACACCACCUGGCGCGGGGGGCAAUGCUGAAACUAAAGUGUCUGGUGCGCACGCACCACGGCGCGCUUGACGAAGCCUACGGCUGCUGCAUGCAGAAGGAGGACGACCAAGGGCGGCGGGGUUUCCACCUCGGGAAGAGUCUCCCGUCGUCAGCCACGCGGGCUUUCGUCGACAACCUCCGGGAGUUGUCGCCAAAGAUCCUCCCGCUCCGGGAGCUGCUCCUGUUCGCGGCGAGGUAUUUCAUCCGAAGAAUCGUCGCCGCCACGGGGGGUGGCGGGAAUGGGGGAGGAGGGGGGAAGGGGGUAGCGGGAGUGAAUUUGCGGGCGGGGGUGGAGCACUUCUGCCUGCACACGGGAGGGAAGGCGGUUAUAGAUGGGGUGGGGAAGAGCUUGGAGUUGGGGGAUUAUGAUUUGGAGCCGGCGAGGAUGACGUUGCACAGGUUCGGGAACACGUCGGCGAGCAGCCUGUGGUACGUGCUGGGGUACAUGGAGGCGAAGGGGAGGUUGAAGGAGGGGGAGAGGGUGUUGAUGAUAAGCUUUGGGGCUGGGUUUAAGUGCAACAGCUGCGUGUGGGAGGUGAUGAGAGACUUGGGGGGUGAGGCACGGCAGAACACGGCGUGGGAGUCGUGCAUUGAUGACUACCCUCCGGCGAACCUGGCCAACCCAUUUUUGGAGAAGUAUGGGUGGAUUAACCAGGAGGAUCCGAGUACUUUCAAAAUCCAGGAAGCAGAUGGAAACAGAGGAUGAUGACGAUGAUGAGUUUGAUCUUAUUGUUAUGAUCAGUAAAGUACACUGCUCGAUCUUGUUAACCAAUUCGUGUGAUCAUAAAAGUUGAAACAGUUAAUAAUUAAUUAAUAUUCUGUUUGAUUGAUAUAA